GGCCCGCACGGAGCGGGUCCCCGUCCCCCGAGGCGCGCGGCUGCCCCCGCCGACGGCGCUGGUGACGCGGGUGGGGGCGUUGCCCCGGUCGCUGGUGUUGCCAUGGGUGACGCUGGUGGGGGCGUUGCCAUGGUCCUUGGUGUUGCCCUGGGUGACGGAGGUGGGCGUUGCCAUGGCGUCACACCGGGGGGGUGCCGACGAUGGUGUUUCUGUGGCUGAGGGCGGGGCCCCGGGGCCGGGCGGGGCCCCGGGGCCAGGCUGAGCGGCCAUUUCUCCUCGCGGGCGGCCCGGGGCGCCGCCUGCGCCGCCGCCGCGUAGUGCCCCGGAAGCGGAAGUAGCGGGGCGCUGGGCGCUCCCGGAAGUGGAAGCUGAAGCUGAGCUCGGAGCUGCUGGAAGCGGACCGGCCGCCGUUACCGCCGCAGGAUGAACGCGCCGCCGGCCUUCGAGUCCUUCCUGCUCUUCGAGGGGGAGAAGAAGAUCACAAUUAAUAAGGAUACAAAAGUACCAAACGCCUGUUUGUUUACAAUCAACAAGGAAGACCACACGCUUGGAAAUAUCAUCAAGUCGCAAUUACUGAAAGACCCUCAGGUGUUGUUUGCAGGGUACAAGGUCCCACAUCCUCUGGAACAUAAAAUCAUCAUUCGAGUUCAGACCACUCCUGAUUACAGCCCCCAGGAAGCUUUCACCAAUGCUAUCACGGACCUGAUCAGUGAACUCUCCCUUCUGGAGGAGAGAUUCAGGGUUGCUAUCAAAGAUAAACAAGAAGGAAUUGAAUAGAAACAGGAAGCUUCAAGUGGACUAUUUUUUUUUACCUGGAGUGUGUUAUAAAUAAGUUUUGUUUUCAUUAUAGUGGAUGUGACUCCGCUUCGUUGAACAAGUUCUUUAAGGAUUAUUUUAAACUUUUUCAGUAAGAAUUCAUGUCUCUAAAUUCACUUAUUUUUAGUUAGUUAGUUUGCCCAGAGAAAGCAGUAUUUUGAUUUCUGUACAGGAUAAAUUAUUUGCAGGUAAUUGUAUCAGUUGAGCUAUUAAACUUUUUUCAAAGCUGUG